UAAGAGAGUUAACUGAAACUGGCCGAAUUAAAUGUCCUCUCUAUAAUAUUAUUGCAGAAUGGGUUAAGCAUGCAUGGUAUGCCAUUGAUAUUGAGCAAAUUAAACGCUCCUUUAAAUGUUGUGGCAUCUUAGUUGCAAUUGAUGGAUCAGAAGACGAUUUAAUUUUUGAUCACGUUUGUGUUGAAAAUAAUGAAGUCGAUGAAUAUAUUUUUAGAAAUGACCUCCCAUACCUUUGUCUCAACAAUACUGUACCUCCCAUCUCAAAAACGCUUCCUACUACAAGACUUACCACUUCAGCACCUUCUACCUCAACAAGAUUUCUUGCCUCAACAGAAUUUUCAACUCUCAA